AUGUCUGGGAGUCCAAAGAAAAGCCUAUUUGGCGACGUAGGCGAUCGAGGACCUCAACCAAUUGAUGACAAUCGUCUUGCAACAAAUAGUAUCUUUCAGUCGCCUAAAAUGGAAAAGAAUAAACCAAAAAGAUACGUUUAUGAUAACGAUAAAUACACAAUAGCUAUGCAGAAUCAGAGAUAUAUGGGAAGUCAACGUAGCACAUCUUCAAAUCGAUCAAAAUUAUCAAAUUCCUCGACAAAAGAAUCUCAAUUUCCAAAAUUAUCAAAGAAUAAUUCAAAUAAAACAAAAGAAAAUCAUAGAAAUGACGCAUUACCUCCUAUAUAUGCUAUAAACAAAUUAAUUCCCGAUGAUAAACCAACAGAAACUGAUUUUGAACCAAUUAAACCAGCAACUCAAAGCGAUAUUGAUGCAUUUUUAUUACCAUCUGGUUUUCAGGUUGAAGGAAAUACGCCAGCAAUGUCUCCUAAACCAUUUCCUUCAUCUUCUGCUGAAUCGGAAUUUACUUCUCAGCAAAUUUCAUCCAUUGAAAAUGAAUUCAACUCCAAUAAACAAAAAACAAUGGGAAUAAAGUUCCCUAUUACAGUUCCUUCUGAUAAAGAAAAGGCUUCUGAAGAUCAAGACUUAGAAAAAGAUUUAAACAAUGAAGAUGCAGAAAUUGAAGAACCACAACAAGAAGAACAUGAAAUAUAUGAAGAGAGAAUACUUUCUACAGCAGAAGUUCAAACUCCUGAAUCUUUUUCAAGAAAAUCACCACCGAUUGAAACAAAAACACCUUAUAACGAAGAUAUACAGAAUAUCUUAGCAGAAGAGGAAGAAGAAAUAUCGAUAAUGCCACCUCGUUUACAAGAAAUUGUAAAUGAUCAAAAAGGAUCUCUUGCUUAUCUUGCAUUAAACGGAGCAAGUUUGCUUGGAUAUAAGAUAACAAAGAUAAAGAAAGCAAUUAAAGAUCUCAAACUUAUUCUAAACAAAUGCAUUGAAAAAGGAUUUGUUUCAGAAUCGAUUUAUGUUGAUAAUACAAUCAAAAGAGCAUCAUCAGAACUCAAGUUUGUACAAGACAGUCAAGAUAAAACAAAAGAAACGAUCUACAAACUCGAAGAUCAACUUUUCAUGAAUCAAACAGAAAUGAAGCAAAAAGAAUUUUUUUUCGAGUCAUCAAAAGCAAAGUUAACAGCGGAUAGAGACUUAGCACAAAGAGAAUUACUUAUACAUCUUGAAGAAGAACUCGAAGCACUCGAUCAAGAAUGGUUUUCUCAAUCAAAAGCUGACCAAUUUGCAAGACCAUCGGCAAAACUCCAGAAGCUGAGGAAAGAAGCUUUAAAUUUACUUCAAAUGAAGAGAUUCGAAGAGGCAUCAUCACUGAGUGUUGAUAUUGAUCAACUCGUGGAGAAAGAAACAGUUGCAGCAAUGCUAAAACUCAAAUCCAAUUACGAAGCAGCAAAAAUGAAAGUACAAAAGAAAUUUUUACAAGAUUCAGCCGCAAUUGAUGAAAUGUAUGAAAGGAAGGUUCAGAUGAUUGCCCAGAAAAAGAAGAAGAUUGAUAACGUUUUAACACGAAGAGCAGAUAAAAUAAACAACAAAAAACAAGUGUUAGAACUGAAACAAAAAGAAACUCAAAGAAGGAAAAAAGUUCCGGCAUCUGCACCCCUCUCGCCAAUAAAGACAGCUCACACUGUCACAGCAGCUGAUAUCAAACCUCCUGGAGCAGCAUUGCAAAUGAGACCUAUAACAAAGAUGAGAAGGAAAAGAGAAUAA